UUCAACUUCCCGAUCAGUGUUUGAUUAUUCGGGUCUGCCUCGAGAACCCGGAAGUGGCGUUCGGACACUGCUACACUGUAUCAGAGCUGCCAGCGGCCUUCUGAUCACCUGUCUGCAGCUCAUCUUCAGCAGCAAUGCGAGCCCCACAGGUGUCGAGCUCUCCACGGAUCCAGGCGGUGCUGACCAGCUCAUCCUCGGGUCUAGAGGGCUUCAAAGCUCACUCCGUCUUCCAGGAGAUCAGUAAAAAGCUGCACGAGGACGGAGACCAGUUUGUGAAGAAGAUCGGAGGUGUGUUCGCCUUCAAGGUGAAGGAUGGGCCGGGAGGAAGGGAGGCCGUCUGGAUCGUUGAUGUUAAGAACGGAAAAGGCUCCGUUCACAAUGAUGCUGACAAGAAAGCAGACUGCACCAUUGCCAUGGCCGACUCGGACCUGCUGGACCUCAUGACUGGAAAGAUGAAUCCACAGACCGCGUUCUUCCAGGGUAAACUGAAGAUCACCGGAAAUAUGGGCAUGGCCAUGAAGCUUCAAAACCUGCAGCUGCAGCCGGGCAAAGCCAAGCUGUGAGAGGCGGAGCCUGAAAGAGGGCGGGGUCUCGAGUAGCUCCUCUCACUGAGUUCACUCUGUUAGAGUAGCUGCAGGAGUCAGACACUGAGAGUGUUUCUGCGCUAGUUUCAGCCUCUUUCUAACAAGGUAAAGGGAUAGUUCACCCACAAAUAAACAUUUGGUCCUAGUUUACUCUGUUUUUUAAUUCCUUUCCGUAAACAUAUGACUGUUCAGUCUUUUGCGAGGAAAAGGCUAAAAUAUAAGAGUUUGUGAAUGUUAUACAGUCAUAUGGGUUUGAGAUAACAUGAAGGUGAGUGAAUUAUGCCAGAAAUCUCAUUUUUGGGUGAAUUAUUUAAAUGAAUCACAGGAGUCUGAUAGAUGGAUACAAAAAUACUAUAUUAAUACCGUUCUUAUUGAUUUUUCCUUUGAUUGGCACCCAUAACUGUUUAAAUUAUAUUUGUGUGUGGAUUAAUUGUUUGCUCUGAAGGGCUUUUUUGGAACUGAAGCCCCGUAAAGUGCCUGUGAAAUAUAAACGCAUGGGCUUUGAUGGACAGAUGUGUUGUUAAAAUGUACAACAGCAUUGCGAUUCAUUCCCUUUAGUCUUUAUCAUCAAGGUCAUGAGGAGUAGGUUUACAGUGCUGCUUUAACAAACACCAGUUAUAUAUAUAUAUUUCUAUAUAUAUAUAUAUAUAUAUAUAUAUAUAUAUAUAUAUAUAUAUAUAUAUAUAUAUAUAUAUAUAUAUAUAUAUCAGAUCAGUGCAUGGAUAUAUUUGACGGUAUCUUGCAGGUAUAAUUGUAGAAUCGCAUCAGUGUUUUUUGAGUUUUUCCCCAUCAGAUGCUAAAAUACUUUUGUACUAAAUAAACCUAAUCUUUCUCAUUAAAA